AUGGCAUUUCACGCAGAUCUGCGUACCAUCCCCCUUUCCCUUCCCAGCAUCCCCCUUUCCCUUUCCCGCAUCCCCCUUUCCAUUUCCCUCAUCCCCCUUUCCAUUCCCCGCAUCCCUCUUUCCCUUUCCCGCAUCCCCAUUUCCCUUUCCCGCAUCCCCCUUUCCCUUUCCCUCAUCCCCCUUUCCCUUGCCCGCAUCCCCCUUUCCCUUUCCCGCAUCCCCCUUUCCCUUUCCCUCAUCCCCCUUUCCCUUUCCCGCAUCCCCCUUUCCCUUUCCCUCAUCCCCCUUUCCCUUGCCCGCAUCCCCCUUUCCCUUUCCCGCAUCCCCCUUUCCCUUUCCCUCAUCCCCCUUUCCCUUUCCCGCAUCCCCCUUUCCCUUUCCCUCAUCCCCCUUUCCCGUUCCCUCAUCCCAUUCUUCCCCUCGGUUUCCUCUCAUGCCUCACCUCAGUUUCCUCUCAUGCCUCACCUCAGUUUCCUCUCAUGCCUCACCUCAGUUUCGUCUCAUGCCUCACCUCAGUUUCGUCUCAUGCCUCACCUCAGUUUCCUCUCAUGCUUCACCUCUGUUUCCCCACUUGUCUCCCCUCUGCUUCCCCACUUCCCGCCCACCUGUUGA